AUGGAUAACCCCAUGGAUAAUCCUCCCUCCUAUUACGAUUCCAUCGCCAAUGACAACACCAAUCGCAGCCCAUCAGACGUCACGGGCCAACCGAGCAUCAACAAUACUACACGAGCUUUUCUUAGGAAGUUUGGCUCUAGGGGGCAGAGACAGGACAACGGAAAUCGUCCCGGACGGGUUUGGAAACCAAUAACUUUGAACGCGCUGAUUCUCACCACCGUUAUCCUUAUUUCCGGAGGCCUGAUCGCAGUUGUUCAAAUUCUGCUUGCGAACAGCCAACAUAAUGACGGUAUUAUCUUUGCCGCAGAUAUCGAAGACCUUCCCCUCAACAAAUCAUUCUCGUACCUCUAUCUUCCUACCAUAGUUGCGGUGAUCUACAGUUUUCUGUGGACAUGGAUCGACCUCGAUGCAAAACGACUCGAGCCCUACUAUCAGCUCUCAAAGGAAGGAGGCGCCGCAGGCAAGGAUUCAUUGUUGUUACAAUAUCCCUUUGAGUUCGUAGCAUCCGUCCCGCUGAAGGCAAUCCGAAGCAAACACUGGCCUGUUUUCUCGGCUUCUUUUGCAAUGGUCCUCAUAUUUUGGGGAGUCACGCCCAGUCAAGCAGCUUACAACAUUGCCUGGCUGAACGAGACUUUGCCCCCUUUUAUGACCAGAGAUUACAUGCUUGCUCCCUUUGGACCCAUUAAAAGCCUGGACGACACGAAAGAUGCGGAGACAUGGACGGCACCUACCACCAUGUAUUCCGUUGAUGUGGAAUGCAUACAACCUCCGAAGGUGAACAACUCCGGAUUUAUCUCCUACCACACCGAAGACUGCAAUGUGGACCACCCUACGUAUUCUUCCGAUACGGGCAAGGAAUUUGCCACAAUCUACAUGGGUUACAGCAAUGAGGAGGGUUUUGCCGAUUGGUAUUUGAGCACAAGUUGCGGCGCAAAUGCUACCCACAAAUUUUUGGUCCAGUGGACACAGAAAGACCCCUCAUACAAACCCACAUCCCCGUACGACUCUCCAGUUGCCGAGAUCAAGAACGAGACAGCCCUCUACUGCGAACCCACAUACUUCAGCCAGGCCGUCAACGCCACCGUGUCUGUACCGGGAAGAAGCCCAGUGCAUGUUGUUACCACCGGGCCGAAGGUGCCUCUGCGAGAGAGUCUGUUCAACACCACUAGCUUUGAGUGGGGUAUGAAUUCGGGCAGGGAACAAUUUAAGAAUCGAGGUGACUAUCCUAUCAUCAGCUGGCCAUCGAUGAAGGAUCAGAUACAAGCUAUAGACUAUCUGGAUCCGGACCUUUUGAAAGCCUCAUACCAAGCCGCGUACCGCCUGUUGUUUUCUCGCCAGAUGGUGGACGUUUUGAGCAGCGAACUGGACAGCUCAACAGCUACCGGUGGGACUCGCCAGUACACUUCGCGUGCAGUCAUCGUCGUUCCCGUUUUCGCCUACUUGGUCGAAGGAUCCAUGAUGGCUCUUGUUGCCGAGCAGGAAGAGUUACUGGCAUUUUUGAAGGGACACGAUCAGUCAACGGAUAAGGAGCUGAAAAACGCAGUCAAGAAGAUGAAGUUUGGUCUGACAAAACCCGAUUCCAACAGCGGGUUUCAGCUUGAAUUGAAAGAUUCGGAUCCUGCCUUGGAAAAUCGAGCCACAACAGACCUAAGCAGGUCCUCUCCAUUCACCGGCGGUGUGCGGCCUCUUGAGCUGCGUUCGAUCACUGGUCUCGUAUUCAUAAGCAUGAAUAUCGUCAUGCUUGUCGUCUUUGCUGUCUACUUUGUCAAGUCGAAGCGAGAAAAUGGCCUUCCCCUUCCAUCGACCAACCGUUUCGUUCGUCAGCUGGUGGAGAAUUACAUUCCUACUGCGAUAGCAACCGUCAUCGAACCGGCGUGGGUUGUACUCAACCGCAUACUCUGUACACUUCAGCCAUUCGAAGACCUCCGCCGCGGCAAAUCGAGCCCUUCCAGCUCCAUCACCGUCGACUAUACAUCUUUACCACCGCAGCUUACCUUCUUCAAAGCCCUAAAGGCGCGCCACUGGAUCCUUGCUGCUGUCUGCUGGAUGGCCCUUCUGUCAAAUCUUUUGGCCGUUGCUUUUAGCGGUUUAUUCAAUGAGGAAAUCGCCGAUGUUGCGUACAGGACCACUUUCGCUCAGCCUCUCCAACCUAUCAUGGACAUCACUGCUCUUAACAAUACGGAUACAGGCUUCGAGACAGUUCUGUUCAAUCGUACAGUCACAGAUCACUUCUACAUUGCUAUGUCAAACGUAACGGCCGGGACGCCGCUUUCUUCCUGGACUGAUGGGCGCAUGUAUUACAUGCCGUUCAAUCAGACGACAGGCAACAACGAUACUUGGAUGCAUAAAGCUACUACGAGAGCUUACGGAGUCGAGAUGUCUUGCGUUCAGCUCCAGGAGGGAGGAGGGUCGAAUUCAGUCCAGCACACCAUGAGUUCAAAUGGGCUGGCCGCUAAUUACACCUUCAACAUCAACUUUGGCGAUGAAUCUCCAGCCUGCCGCGAACUCCAGGAGAUUGAUUACGAAGGAAUUCCAAACAGUCUCUUCGCCGCCGAAUGGACCGCACGACUAUGCGAUUCCGAAUACAUUGUGUCGGCAUGGCAAAGAGGAAACGCCACCAGACGUGAAAACUACACCGUUACCGAAGUCGACAUCUCGAAUGUGACCUUUCACUCCUUUGAGUCUACCUUCAUCGCAUGUCGACCGUACAUUAAAACUGGUUUGGCAGAAGUCAUUGUUGACAGCACUGGAAUUGUCCAGAACGCAUCCAAUUUCCAAGAGACCAAUGCAUCCGUAGAAUUUUUCCAACGCUCACCCUCAGACGCGGCCAGAUACAUCAAUUACAUGAUGGAUUACAGUCGGAACUUGAGCGACAGUAACACAUUCGCCUUCAACUGGCACAACGAUUCGUACCCGGACGACUACUACAACUAUCUGAUCCGAGAGACAUACAACACGACUCGACUAAUUGACCCUGCUACUCCUGUUCCAUCCUUCAGCGAGGCUGCAGAGCCGUUCGCCAACAUCUACACCGAGCUCGUAGCCCUAUCUUUCAGCGCCAACGCCGCCCUGCUUUUCCCACAGGCAACAGAACUCACCGUAGAGGGCUACAAUAUCAAACCAGAGAUACGCAUCUUCAUGUCUACAGCAAUGUUCAUCAUUGCCGAAACCAUCAUCGGCCUGUAUAUCAUUGUUUCCAUCAUGGUUUACAUUCGCCGGCCCUGGAGGUUCUUGCCACGGCUACCAACCACGAUUGCUUCCAAUAUCGCAUAUUUUGCAGCGAGCCACGCGGUUCUCGAUCUUCAGGGGACGUCGGCGAUGUCGCAAGUCGCUCGGGACAAACAUGUGCAACAGAUGGGUCACAAAUACGGAUUCGGGUCGUUCAUCGGGACGGACAGGAAAGCACACAUCGGAAUCGAGCGACAGCCCUUUUUCACGAAGCUGAGGAAAACGACGACGGGCCAGAUGACAUCGGCAUCUGACUCGGAGGAGGAAGGCAGAGGCGGCGCAGGAGCGGGGCAGCAACGAGAGGAGAAGAAGAAGCCAUGGUCAAGACUGUUCCAUCUGAAGAAUAGGCUGGCCCGAGGUCAAGUGGUCGAGGGUGGAAUGAUCUAA